CUUUGCGCACCAACACUAUUUAUAUAUAUGGUCUCUCCAAUACAUGAACUUGUCGGGACAUUUGACACCCGAUAAACGAAAGCAUAAUGAAGUGGACAGCCAUUGUGCUCACCUGCCAGAACAAGCACAGUGCUAAUGCCUGUCAGAAAGAACUUGAGACGAGGCAACAGAAAGGCUUCAUAGAUGAGGAUGUCCUGCUUCUUACAGUGGAGGACCCCGCUUCCCAAGUUGGGAGCGGAGGAGCCACCCUGAAUGCUCUUCUGGUGGUGUCUGAGCAUCUCAGUGCAAAGCAAGGGUACACAGUUAUUAACAGCGAUGUGUUACAAAAUGUACAUAUUCUUAUCAUGCAUUUGGGGCGUGAUUUUCCAUUUGAUGCUUGUGGUAAAGCAUUUACUACACUGCCAGUGUCCUACAAGUCAUCCAAGUAUGAUUCCCUGCUAUGCAAUUUUGACUUCAUUUUAGACACUGUCACAAAUCAGCUUGCGCCCAAUACCCCGCCAGGAGUAUGGGUAUGCAGUACAGACAUGUUCAUCACAGUAUCAGACCAGCCUUUUAAACAAGUUCCCCUGUCCAACUGUGAUAUAAUGGCCAUCUCUGUGCCUGGUGAUCCCGAGUACGCCAAGGCACAUGGUGUGUACAAAAUGGGACCAGAGAUCCUAAGGGGUAGUAAGGGAAUAACACAGGGUUCUGUGGAAGAGAUUAUAUUCAGAGGCAGCACAGAAGAAAUAGCAAAAUGCGCCAAUAACAACGGCAAAGUGCCCAUAGCUGUGGGGGUCAUGUACCUGAGUCCCAAAGUGGCCGAGAAACUGUCCCAGUUCCACUAUCUCCCUCCACUGGAUGCCUGCACAUACAUGGGACUCGACUCAGGAGCCAAACCAUUGGAGCUGUCCCUCUUCUAUGACUUCCUGUUGCCCAUGUGCAGUGCCAUAACUGAACAGCAGUACGUGGAUAAUGUGGAAGGCAAAAAAGACACGCCUGUUUCCAUGGCAACCAGUGAGACGGAUGUCUACAAGCGAGCAAGAAGAUUACUGUGGCGAAAUCUAUCAGGACUGAAGCUAAAAGCAGUUUUGAUAGAAGAUGGAGGUUUUGAAUAUCUGGCCAGAACUGGGGAGCAACAUCGCAGACAUGUCCUGGAGUGCCCCCUUAAGACUCUGGCCAGUUGUAAUAGCAAUGUCAUGUGGCAAAACAUGGCACAUUCUCACAUAACUAAAGAUGCAACAAUAGAUGGCAGCUGUGUUGUUCUAAAUUCUAUGAUUGAAGGUCACAUUACUGUGGCUGCAAGGACAACCAUCUCACACUGUGACCUCAAAGGUCACAUUACAGUUGGCAAGGGCUGCGUGCUCAACAAUGUGGCACUGACACCAGAGGAGUUCAAGAAAAACCAGUUCAGCAUUCCUGAUGAUAUUGUUCUUCAAGGAUUUCAUAUCAAGCUUUCUAUGGGGAAAGAUGAGAACAGACAAUAUGUUCUUGUUGUGUUUGGGGUACAUGACAUCUUGAAAAUACCAAUAUGGCAAGAAAAGAGUACUUUCUGUAACCGGCCGUGGUACGAGUUUCUGCGUUCAUCAGGAGUGACCAAGCAUGACCUUUGGCCAGCUGAGAAAAGUGACAAUGAAAAAUCCCUGUUUAAUGCGAAGUUAUUUCCUGUUCUACACAUCAGGCAGCCUAUCAACUUGAAGGAUAUCACGUGGCUGAUGGGCAUGGACAAGAAAGAUAACUUGUUGGAUAAAUGGAGAGCAUCCUGGCGUCUGUCUCUAGAGGAAAUACUGAAAUGUGUGGACCUAGCUCUGGAGCUGAAGAAAAGAGAGGACCUUUUCUACCGCAUUGGCUGCCAGCAGAUUUGGGAUGUCCUGCAAGGCCACAGUGACCGCACCUCUGCCCUCCUCAAUCUGUUCAAUAGUGCAGCAGUGGACGGUCAUCAUCAGGAGAUACUGGAGACACUGGACAAGUUUGCGUGUAGCACUAGUGACCCCGGACUGGCUGCAAGAACUCUGGCUCAGGUGGCAGAUGUCUUGGGGUUUAUGGCUAACAAGAGAGGGGGGAUGAGGAGUGGUCCUGCUGCUAAUAAAGCUUGGAGCAAGGCAUACAAAUUACUAGAGCAAGCCACUGAGGAGAGUAUCCGUGAGGGGGUGAGAGCCAUGGCGGAGGAAAGACAGAAGUGGCUGGACAGACCUGAACACCUGAUCAGAGCAGCAAGACACUACGAGGGUGCUGCUCACAUCCUGAUUAGAAAAGCCGUCCAGACUGUACAGAAUUUCAUCACUAUCACCCCUACGGAGCCCAUUCCCAUGAACAAGUGGGUCAUUGCCGAGGCGCCUGCCAGGGCUGACUUUGCUGGGGGUUGGUCCGACACUCCACCAAUCACAUAUGAGCAUGGAGGUGCUGUAGUGGACUUAGCACUACUGGUGGAUGGCAAGAAGCCAAUUGGAGUGAAAGUUAGAAGAAUUCCUGUUCCUGUCAUCAUCUCAGUGAUUGGCGGGGAGGGCGGGACUACCACCAGGGUGUGCUGUGAGCAGUUGUCAGAUCUAGAGAACUACAACAAGCCACACGCUCCAGCUGCCUUGGUGAAGGCUGUUGUGUGCAUGACAGAGAUAGUAGACUUGAUGUCAAGUCAGAGCCUAGAAGAUCAACUCACUGAGCGCUACCAGGGGGGAUUUGAAAUAGAAACCUGGUCAAAUUUGCCAAGGGGAUCAGGUCUUGGCACCAGCAGUAUACUGGCAGGGGCAGCCAUUGCUGCACUGGGGAAAGCUGUAGGGAAACAUUAUGAUACCAGCUCCUUGCUGCAUGCUGUAUUGAAUCUUGAGCAGUUGAUGACAACAGGAGGUGGUUGGCAAGAUCAGAUAGGUGGCAUUGUAGGUGGAAUCAAGAUAGGCCACUCCAAAGCUGGACUCCCCUUAUUUGUGGACUACACUCCAUUGAAUGUGUCAAAGGAAACGAUGAAAGCAUUGAACGAGCGGCUCAUUCUGGUGUAUACAGGAACCACGAGAUUGGCAAGAAAUAUAUUGCAGAAUUGCAUCAGAAAUUGGUAUGCCCGUGACCCAGAUAUUGUGGAAACAGAGGACAAACUGGUGAAUAUUGCAUGGGAGUCUGCCAGAGCUUUAGAAGCAGGUGAUUUUGCCAAAGUUGGUGAAUGUUUAAACACCUACUGGGUUUUGAAAGUUCGCAUGGCGACUGGAAGUGACUCGGCAACCACAAGGGCCAUGAUGGCCGCUAUCGCCCCCUAUGCUUAUGGCUCAACACUAGCAGGGGCUGGCGGUGGGGGAUUCAUGUACAUUCUUACCAAGGAGCCAAACUCAUUUGAUGUUGUGAAGGAAGCAUUGGCGAAAGUGGAGGGUGCGGAUGGGGCUACAGUUCACAGAGGCACAGUGGACGUGGAGGGUUUGACUCUCAGGAUUGAAGACGCCAAUGACUUUUACAAGUGUUAAGGUGUGAGUUUCACAUAAAAGAUGAUAACAUAGCUCGCAAUGUAUGGCCAAUGGGUCAGGUUGAUUUGAUAUUGAUUCUAAAUAUAUACAUUUAUGCACAUGUGUGUGUGUCUUUGUGUUUAAUCAUGGCUAAAACUAUCCAAGAUAGUGCACCAGACAAAAGUAAAGACAUAUUGCUGUCAAGCAUAUAUAUUUGAUAUAUUUUUUACACAAUAAUAUAUUUUAUUGGUUUUGUCUUUGUAACUCAAAACCUGACAAUCUAACAGAUGAGGCAGACUGUACGUAAAUAUGCAAAAGUUGAAUUUCUUUAAUUAGCCUUAUGACCAUAACAGUUACUGACCAUAAUGGUUACUGCAGCAUGAAUUCUUGGUAAACUUCUGGUAAAAUCACAGUUAUUUAGCAAAGGUUGGGGUUCAGUAUUUAGUAGCAUGUCUUAAACUACUUGAUAUAAGAAAUGUUUAUCCAUUUAGGGCAUUAAUACUAUGUAUUUGGGUAUGAAGUAGAAGGUUGGGCACAGAUCAUUCAGUUUGAUGCAAUAUUUGUGUUGUUAUUGUUUUUUUUUUUGUUUUGUUUUGUUUUG